GAAGUACGCAUAAUAAUUAAUAAGUCAAUAUUAAAAUAACGGAAAGCAAAGAGAGGAUGGCGUGUUCCCCAUAUGAGAACGUAAGCUUUUAAACCGGUUCAUCAGUCAUUGAAAUUCAUACCCUUUCUUUGCACGGCUGCCGGCGAUAUCGUUGCAUCUCCACUUCUCCACUUCUCCGAUCUUUUUCUUUGCCUUCUUUUGCGAUACCUCUGAUUUCUAAAAGUGAACAUGUCUUAUGGACGAACUUAUCAACCUCAAGGAGGUACAUUAUUUGAAUACCAUUGGCCAUCCUUUCCCAGAAACCAUGACAACCACAACCUUUUUCAGAAUGAUGACUGCUUUAACUAUAACAGAUAUAACCAUUACGGUAGUAGGAUGUUUGAUGACAUGAAAAAGCAUGACCUUCCCUACAAUGCCUUAGUAAAUUGUAGACAACGAGCAUUGGGAGAAAAUUUCUCGAGACCUCAUGGCUCAUCGUCUUUCAAACGGAGGAAAUUUUCAGAGAAUUUUUCGGGAGGUGAUGGGGCGUUUAAUUGCCAACCAAUCCAGAAUGGUUUUCUAUCAUGCAUCCCCUCAAAUGACUGUAUUAUUUACCCUUCUAUAAGUGCACCUAGUACAAGUGCUCAUUGUUAUACUUUGGGUAAACGUGGGCGGUCGGAUCUGGAAGAUGAAGAUUGCACGGUCCUUAUGUCUCGGGAGGAGAUUGAGAGGUGCUCUCCUUCAAGAAAAGAUGGGAUUGAUGCAUUACAUGAAACACGAUUGAGGUACUCAUAUUGUGCCUUCAUUCAGAACCUUGGGAUGCGGCUAGAUGUGCCUCAAACAACAAUUGGCACAGCAAUGGUUUUAUGCCACCGCUUUUUCAUCCGACGCUCACAUGCUUGCCAUGAUAGAUUUUUGAUUGCUACUGCUGCACUCUUCCUUGCUGCAAAGUCUGAAGAGACAGGUCGCCCUCUGAAUGAUGUGGUGAAGGCGUCUUGUGAAAUUAUUCACAAGCAGGAUCUGUCCAUCUUGUCAUACAUGCUCCCUAUUGAUUGGUUUGAGCAAUAUCGGGAGCGAAUUAUUGAGGCAGAGCAGUUGAUUUUAACUACCUUGAACUUUGAGCUCGAUGUAGAGCAUCCUUUCGAUACUUUGACAUCUAUCCUCAACAAGUUAGGUGUUUCACAGACACAUUUGAUGGAUGUGGCUAUAUACUUGAUCAGUGAAGGGGUUGAUAUGCCUAGCUGGCGGAUUGAUUUGCUAUGAUGAAGUUAUGUUUUACAUCUGAAGUUGAACUGCCGAUGUGUUGUGGUUGCUUAACCCUGAUAAUACCUGUCAAGCUGGUAUUUGGCUAUAGCAGAUAGACAUAGUCAUUCCAGAAUCAGUUUUAGUAGUAUUUCAACGUUUUGGUGACAUCAAACUAGAAAAAAAGGAGCAAGAAAAGAUGUCUACAAUUUGAUUAAAUGUUCUUUUGUUGCGUCUAGUUCUGAUAAUUGUAUAGUGUAUAAGCAACUCAGCAUGACUUUUGAAUAUAUGGCCUUGUGGUGGUCAAAUUGUGGUGGAUGAACAGAUAAUAAAGAGGGAGGGAGAAUGGUGGAAAGAGAGGAUGUGAAGGCAUAUAUGGAUAUAAAGGCCGAAAUACAAGUUUGGGCAACACACUUGUUAUUUUGUUGGAAUGUCUGCCUGUUUUGUGCAAUAAAGUUAAAGGCUGCUGGUAUGCAGUCUGCCCUACAGUCCUCUGGUUUUGGAACCAUAAAACAUGAAGCAUGUGACAAUCAAAUCUCAACUCUAUGCUUAAGUACUAAGAGCCUUGAAAAAGGAGAGGAUCUGCCAGUGUCACUGUUUUCAGUGUCUGUUCAUGUGAACUGGUCCUCUGUCACCUUAUACAGACAACCUGUUUUGUCAUGAGCAAGCAAGUCAAUCUUGUGCUCUGCUGCAUUUAUUUUGUGUUGUGACCUUCGCUAUGCUUGCAAGUGCAAGCGAAAGUUUCUGACCUUACUGUUUUUCAGCAUCAAAUUGGCUGGCUUAGUGAUGUACAAGGUUCCUUUUGAGAUCCAGAAAUAAUCAAAAAGAAAACUUAGAUAGGACAAGAAAUGAAAAAAUAGAAAUGACUAAUAGGUUAUUCAGCCUUUUUUUUUGCAUUUCAUUUCGGGAAUCCAGGUCAAUAAUUUACAAACUGAGUGAGUUUAGGCUACGGAAACCUGCGUUUUACUUCAAAGUUGAGGAUUCCUUUUAUUAGAAAGCCAUUCUUCUUAAAUUUACUGGGGUGGUUCAGAUUAUGUGGACUCUACAUUUCAAUCAUUGUGAGCUUAAGUCAGCAAGGCAUGGAGUCAAUAAGAUUUUGAUAGAUAGUAAAGUUUUUUUCCUUUCAUACAGGUAAGUUUUUAGAUACAUUAGUGUAACUAUCUAAAUGGUUAGCUUCCAAUUGAAAGGGGAAAAUAUUAGUAGUAAAAGGUGAAGUUCUCAGUUGUUUUGUUAUGUGAUCCCUCUCCCCAAUGGGUAAAUUAUGGUCUCUUUACCUUGUGGUAGCUUCUAACUUGAAAAUGUUGAUGUAGGUUUUGGACUAAAGACUGGUGAUUCAUGUUUCUAUUUACGUUCUUUUUUAAAAUUUUAUAUAGUGAUUGGUGCACGGCAAGGUAUAUGUUUGUGCUGGUUUUUCUUUCACAUUGGAGGAGCUGCAUAAUAUAUUUCACAUGUUAUCCCUUAGAGGUUCUAUGCCUUCCCUCCUUCAUCUGUUUUCCUAUUUUUCAUAUUUGGGUUGGGUUAAUGGGGGUUGUGGGAUGGUGAUGACUGAUCACUGAUGAGACUGCCAUUAAUUUGAUAUGAUGUAAAGUUAACUUUUUACUCUCUAUUGAUUAAUUUUAGUAUUUAUUUUAUGGUCUCGUACAAUAACUGGCAAGGUAUUGUUUAAGCUGAUUAUUAUAGCUAAUUUCAUGCUAGAUAUUUUCAAUCAUUUAUAUGAAAUUGCUCUGUGCUCAGAGAUAAACUUCAUGGUUGACUUUGUCAGGUGUUUUCAUAAUAGUUUUUGACAAUAAAUAAAUUAAUUGGAAGUGGAUGGAGCGAGGAAAAGGAAGAUAAUUGUUAUGAUAGAAGGAGAAAACGGGUUUUAUGACGGGGAGAUAAAAGGGGAAAAUAGCAUCUUUUACUUCCAAAGAAAGACGAUUCUUUUACAGGCUAUCAAAAUACAGCAAUGUGGAAGUUUAUUCUGAGACGGAGAGUCCUGAUCAUAACUUCAUUUGCACUUUCUUUAUGAACUUUAAGGUUUUGAGGGGGAAUUUAUGUUUUUGUAUUCAGUCUCCUUGCCGGUUUUGGGUUUCUCUCUUUCUACGUGUUCUAUUGGAGCGUCAUCUAUCAUAUUUGUGAUUUUGCAUUUAAAGUAUUUCAGAUUUCUUAGCCAAGUUGAACUAAGAUUGCUAUGUAGUUAAUACCUUCAAACCAAAAUCUAUAUGAUCUCUUAUUUGUACAAGUAACCAUGUAGACCACUAAAAUCUUCAUGUCUAUAGUGCAAUUAACUUAUCUGCUGCUUCCAGAGCCUGCUUAUGCUACAAAAGAUACCUUUAGUUAAAUUGAAGAUUAUUAAUUGCUAUGGGGUGUUAUCUACUGUGGCUGAAGCUCGUGAUCUCAUCUGGUCCCUUUGGAUGCUCUGAUUCGAAAUACCUGCUGACCUUCAUAUUAUAGAACAAUUUUGUGCUUUAGAUGUUUUACUGCCUCUAAAAAUGGGUUUGUUUAUUUUAUUUUUGUGCGUUUUUGUUUAGAUGUGAUGUGUGAGUGGGGUAUUUUACAAGGAGAUUGAAGCCUUUUAUUCAUUGUAUUAUGUAUAUUGUUUUUCAAGAACAUGAAAUAUGAAAGUUAGUGAAGUGUGACUUAUCAGUAGCAAUAAUUGCUAUCAUUAUCUUCCAGUGUCACUUCUCCACAUUGAAUUGGUAUUGUCUGUCACUUUAACCACCAAGGAGUUCCCAUCUAUUAUGGUAGUUUAGGGGAAUGUUGCUGACAUGAAUCUCUGCUUGCUUGCCUUGCUUAUGUUGAGUAAGUUCGCACUGUGACUGAGACAUCAGUUUCCAUGUACAAGAAUGUUUGUUCUUAUCUUGGGGAAAAAGUUUCCUCUCGGGUCGCGGUGGAUGACCUCUUUGCUAAAAUUUGUGUCUAGUAGCAUAUAUCUCCUUUAUGGGCCAUUUCAAUUUCCCUGUAGGAAAAGGAUGCAGCAACAUCCGUGAUACCCUGUGUUCCGAGUUUUCUCCAACUCUCAAAGAUUUUCUUUUUGUCAAAAUAAUCCUGAUAUUACUUUAACUUGGUAAAUUUUAUCUACCCUAAAGUUUUGUAUUCCUCAGAUUGUUCAGAAAUCACAAUGAAUUUUUGUUUAUAUGACUGCUGUUGUGGAUAAUGCCUAAAAUGAUGUAUAUGGGUCACGGACGGACGCGAACAAGUAACUUGUUUUGAAGAUUUUCUUCCUAUCUUUCUCUUUUGUUCAUUUCCCUGUUAAUUAAGAUUUUUUUGUACUGUCAUCUGAUCCCUUUGCUUUUAUGUUCAGAAUCACUUAGAAAAUUUUGUUGUCCUAUCCAUUCUUAACAUACGGAGUGAGAUAUUUUUACUCAUGUUUCAACAUUAUAACUAAGGAUACUUUUAUAAUUGUUGAAUGUUUUUUUUUUUUUUUUCAAUCACCUGCUUCAAAUCUGGGAGUAAUUGCAUAUAAUGCUUGAUAUUUCAGAACUUUCAUUUGCCUGGCUCACUAUUCUGGUGCAUGCCCAGAAUGAUUUUUCUGGAUUUCAGCAUUGAUGAUAAAACUUGCAUAGAGGAAUAUCUUCCAUUUAUUCAUGUGGGUCUGCCUGUGGACGACCCUGCUUGUAGGAAUUGCAAAAGUUUCCUUCCAUGGGACAUAUAUUAUAUCAUUUAGGUGCUCGAUUGGCAUGCCAUAUAGUGGCCUAAAUACUUGGUUGAUUGCAGACUGUUCUAUGAUGCACAUCAGAUCUCUUAUCUUCAUAGAUAAGCCUUUAACAUAUUGCUGUUUGGAAUAUCUAAUUUAUGCACCACUGUCAAUCAACCCUAUUAUGAGUUCUAAAUUUAUUUUCAAUAUUCUAGAACAUGGUUUCUUUGUGCUGCUAUAUAUCUGUAGUAAAAGUUCGUUCAGAUAUAAUGAGCCCUGGAUCUGGAUUCUUAUAUAUUGCUGUGAACUGGUCUCGGUAAACGGCUCUUAAUUGUUACAAUGAUCAUUUAUUUUACCAGUGCAAAAAGUUGGUACGCUUAACAAUUAACAGUGGUGGAGGGAGCUAGGGGCAUGGGGGUGCAUGUGCACUCCCAAAUUGGUGAGAAAAUUGUAUAGAUUAAUUGGCGCGCCUCACGCAAAGUCAUAGCGCUAAGCGCAAGAACAAGUGUCCAGCACAUUUUUACCGCGCCCCGCGCAUAUGUAUUGUGUGCUAUGCACCACUUCUAAGUGGCUUUGCUAUGGAACAAACUAUCUUGGAUGAUGAUUUAAUGAUGGGGAGUCCAUCACCAAUGCAUCACUCAUCCCUCCUAAAAUUUCUCAUCAUGUGCUUGAUGGGUAAUAUGCUUUGUUGAUCAGGUCUUGUUUGUAUUUCAAAAGCCUUAAACUAUUGUUCAGUAUUUGGUAUUAGCUUAUUAAUGGUGUACCUUAAUAGAUUAUGACUCAUAGCUAUAUCAACUUUUUUUACUCUUAA